CUGCAUUAUAUGCCAAUGGCAAACGGGAAUGCGGUAGCCUACCCUGUCUGCCGCUCCGGCGCUCACAGUUCCGUCGAGAGAGGGAGAGUACGAUGGCUGGUGUCGGAAAAUGCUUCCUCCUUACUGGCCCUCCUGGUGUGGGUAAAACCAAUCUGAUUAUGAGAAUAUACGAGAGUCUCAAGUACUCUAACCCCAACCUCAAGCUCCAGGGGUUCUACACCCAAGAGAUUAGACAAGGAGGUGAGAGGGUUGGGUUUGAAGUUUUCACGUUGGAUGGUCGCAGAGGUCAGCUCGCCUGCACCGUGAUUCCCAGUCCCGAAGCUCAUCAGUGGCCUCGUGUUGGGAAAUACAAGGUGGAUGUAGCAUCAUUUGAAUCAGUGGCAUUACCUGAAUUGAAGAUCAGAGAAGAUACCGAUCUCUUCAUCAUUGAUGAAGUUGGUAAAAUGGAGUUGUACAGUUCAUACUUCUUUCCAGCCAUUCUAAAGAUUCUUCAAUCCAAUAUUCCUCUUCUCGCUACUGUACCAAUACCAAAUUUUGGCAAAGAUAUACCUGCAGUUGCAAGGUUGAAGAAUCAUCCAGGUGCAACCAUUUUCACAUUAGACCAAUACAACAGGGAUGCUAUGCACGAGCAGAUCUAUUCCCAGUUGGUAGAUAUACUACCUAAACCAAAGCUACAGGACUAGGUUAAUGAUAAAAGUUACCUGAUGUAUCCGGUUCCUCUGUGAGUAAUGAAAAAUGUGUCAUGUAUUGAAUUCCUGCUCUUUUUAUCUUUUUGCAUGUGCUGUAUACGCCUCUUCGCAAGAUCUUCAUGUGGAAAUCUUACAUUUAAGAUCUUUUCUUUCUUAAACUUGUGCAAUGAUUUCAUCAGCGCUAUAUUUCAUGUUUUUCUAUGGGCUC